AUGACGUGUAACUACAUCUCAGUGUACUUUUUGAACCCUCUGGAGAACCUUAGAAGCUCCAUCAACAACCGCCCGCCACUGGUCAUCUUUAUGAUCAGUGUCAGCGCCGUAGCCAUCGCUUUCCUCACCAUCGGCUACUUUUUUAAAAUCAAGGAGAUCAAGUCUCCAGAGUUGACCGAAGACUGGAACACGUUCCUGCUGCGCUACAACGAGUUGGACUUCUGCGUGUCAGAGAAUGAGACCAUCAAGCACGGCCUCAACGACUCCACCACGCCGGAGAGCCUGUCGGCGACCAGUGGGCAAGCGCGGCCUAGCACGUCAGCGCCACUACUCUCCGAGGAAUCGGGCUCCGUCAACAUCUCGGUGCCCAUCACGCUCACACUGGACCCCCAGCGGCCCUUUGGCGGCUACUCUCGCAACAUCACGCAUUUGUACGCCAGCGUUUUGGGACAACAAGUGGGCCUGUCUGGCCGGGAAGCCCACGAAGAGAUCAACAUCACAUUUACGCUGCCUGUGUCCUGGAACGCAGACGACUGCAUCCUGCACGGCCACUGCGAGCAGGUGGUGUUCAGCACGUGUAUGACCAUUACGGCGGCCAGCAACAUCUUCCCAGUCACAGUGCAGCCGCCGCAUUGCGUGCCAGAGACGUACACCAACGCCACAUCGUGGUACAAGGUUUUCACCACAGUGCGUGACUCUGACACCAAGUACAGCCAGGACUACAACCCCUUCUGGUGCUACAAGGGUGCCGUGGGCAAGGUGUACCACGCCCUCAACCCUAAGCUCACAGUCAUUGUGCCCGAUGACGACCGCUCCCUCAUCAACCUGCACCUGAUGCAUACCAGCUACUUUCUUUUUGUCAUGGUCAUCACCAUGUUCUGCUAUGCCGUUAUCAAGGGCAGGCCUGGUAAAGUGCGGCAAAGCAGCCCAGAUUUCUUUCCUGAGAAGGUGGCACUUUCAGAAGGCUAA